AUGGUGGACCGCAAAACUGUUUGGUCUAAGGAAGGCCAUCAGAAAACUCUUCAAAAGGCCAAAAGCCACAAUGGCUUCAAGGCUGACCUAAGAAAAGUCAAAGCUGAUCCAAAAUUUAGUGGUCCCAUCAACAAUGUUACAGUUCCUGUUGGACGCGAUGCAAUACUAACAUGCGUAGUUCACGAUUUAGUGGCAUUUAAGAUGGCUUGGCUCAGGGUGGAUACUCAAACAAUUUUGAGUAUUCAAAAUCAUGUCAUCACCAAAAACCACCGCAUUAGCAUAAGUCAUACAGAACACCGCAUAUGGCAGCUGCGCAUAAGAGAUGUUCAGGAAUCCGAUCGGGGCUGGUAUAUGUGUCAAAUUAAUACAGAUCCCAUGAAAAGUCAAGUGGGCUACCUGGAUGUGGUGGUACCGCCAGAUAUCAUAGAUUUUCAGACCAGCAAUGAUAUGGUUGUAGAAAUUGGGCAAAAUAUAACUUUGGUCUGUACGGCCAAUGGACUACCAGCACCCACAAUAACAUGGCGAAGAGAAAAGGAUUUACCGCUCUAUGUAGAGAAUGGGCGCCAUAUAUACAGCACCGAGGGUCAGAAUUUAUCGUUGCCCCAUGUGACCAGGGAAACAAUGGGUGCCUAUUUGUGUAUAGCCUCCAAUGGGGUACCGCCGACUGUGAGCAAAAGAAUUUCGGUGAUAGUGAAUUUUCCACCCACUAUAUGGACCCGCUACGAUACCAUCUAUGUUGGCUAUGGCCAAAAGGUAACUUUGGAGUGUAUAUCCGAAUCCCAUCCCACUUCGGUGAAUUAUUGGCUCAAGGACAAGGAGUUCAUACAAGGAGGGUCCUAUGAAACUGUGUCACGCAAUAAUGCCUUCAAGAUUGUCAUGCGUCUGGUCAUAAGACCCCAGAAGACAAAGGAUUUUGGAGAAUAUCGUUGUGUGGCCAAAAAUAUGUUGGGCGAGAUGGAACAGACCAUAACAUUGCAUCACAAAGCCAAAAAGAAUCUUCAACAUGCUUAUCAAUCCAACAGUAAAGACAAUCAAUUUAUAAUUAUUGAAGAAUAUAUUGCGAAUGAUGACCUGAAUCCCAAACCCUGUUUAUGGUUGAUAGUUUCAGUUUUUAUGUAUGGGUUAGCAAUAAAUAGCGGUACAAUGUGA